CCAUCUUGGCAGAGGUGAUCACAGUGCAGGAUCAUUAUGCCUUGCUUAUUUUGCUCCUGGUAUAUACAGAGUCCCAGGAACCACUGUAUUAUUAGCAUAGUGGAUAUGGAGGAGUCUUAUCAGCAAGCUUUGAAUGACCUCUUCACAGCUGGAAAAUAAAACAAAAGGGAAGCUUCAAAAGCAGAUUUGUCAAGUUGUUCUGGAUCAUUUUGAGAAGCAGUACGCAACGGAACUGGGAGAUACAUGGACCAGUGUGAGGGAUGUACUCACAUACCCAUUGUGCUGGCAGUACGCCGUCCUGCUUAACAAGUUCAGCCAGUCCGCUGAACUGGAGAACACCUUGCAUGUGAAGGGAUAUCGUCCUGCCUUUCAAGGACCCUUGCCCUAUCUUCCGGCAUCGUUGAAGUGUUACAUCAGGAGAACUCCUGGGAGAUUCCCUGCACAAAAGCACCAGGCUGGUAAACUGAAAGAGUAUUAUCUGCUGAAUGCUGCUUCGCUGUUGCCAGUGCUGGCGUUAGAAGCAAAAGAUGGGGAAGACGUUUUGGAUCUCUGUGCUGCACCAGGGGGUAAAUCAGUAGCUAUACUGCAGUGUGCCUAUCCAGGUCAGUUUCACUGUAACGAAUAUGAUGAUUUGAGGUCAAGAUGGUUGAAACGGACAAUAGAAUCCUUCAUCCCUGAUCCUUUGAUUAACUUAAUAACGGUCUCUAAACUGGAUGGUCGACAGAUUGGAGAUCUUAAGCCUGAAUUAUAUGACAAGGUACUGGUUGAUGCGCCUUGUUCAAAUGACAGAAGUUGGCUAUUCUCUUCUGAUAUUCAGCAAGCUACGCUUAGGCUAAUACAAAGGAAGGAGUUAUCGUCUCUACAAUUCCAGCUGCUAAGGUCUGCUAUUAAAGCAUUGCGUCCUGGUGGAUCAUUGGUCUAUUCUACGUGCACUCUCUCAAAGGCAGAAAACAGCGAUGUAAUAAAUCUCAUUCUAAACUCCUGCAGUAAUGUUAUGCCUGUAGACAUAAGUGAAAUGGCCAAAGCUGUUUCUCAGGAAUUCACUUUUCUCAGUGGUACGCAACAGCAUGAACUUCUGGUUCUCCCAGAGAAAGGGAGAGCAUGGGGUCCAAUGUAUGUAGCUAAAUUAAAGAAAAUGUAGUCCAUCAAUGCCUGUUAGAUUUUUAUAAGGGAUAUGUGAUAAAUUAAUAUUUAUUUCUAAUUUAGUAUGUGUAUAUGAACACGUCCAUGGCAACUGAAUUUAGAGCAUUGCAGUUUUGUAUCAGCUGCUGCUUAAUAAAAAGGAAGCUAGACACUUAGUUUAGCUUGAAAUACUGAAUGUGUCUUCUAAUGGGGACUUGUGGGCCUCUGUGAAGUCCUCAUGAAGUCAAGGGAGCUUUGUGUUAUUUUCAAGGUGAUGCUCUUAAACGGAUUUGUAUCCUAGAAUAGCAGCCUAAUGUGGUGGGGUUUUGCACUGUUUUUUGUUUUUGUUUUUUUAAUUACUAAUUUGGUUUUAAUACAGUAUAUUUUAAAAUAAAUGGUUUCAAUGGUCUGAA